AUGGGGAUCAUGUCAACCAUAGGAAAUGGCUAUGUUAUAUACAUGACCAUCAAACGCAAGACAAAGCUAAGGCCACCUGAGCUCAUGACAGUCAACUUAGCCAUAUUUGACUUUGGCAUAUCAGUCACAGGGAAGCCUUUCUUUGUGGCGUCCAGUUUCUCCCACCGCUGGCUGUUUGGCUGGGAGGGCUGUCGUUUCUAUGGCUGGGCUGGCUUCUUCUUCGGUGUUGGCAGCCUCAUCACCAUGACCGUAGUCAGCCUAGACAGAUACCUCAAGAUCUGCCAUCUCAGAUACGGGACGUGGCUAAAGAGGCAACAUGCUUUCCUAAGUAUGGUGUUUGUGUGGCUGUAUGCAGGCUUCUGGGCCACCAUGCCCCUGGUGGGCUGGGGCAGCUAUGCUCCCGAGCCCUUUGGCACUUCCUGCACUCUGGACUGGUGGCUAGCCCAGGCCUCCGUGGCGGGCCAGAGCUUCGUCAUUGCAAUCCUCUUCUUCUGCCUUAUCUUCCCCACCGGCAUCAUCGUUUUCUCCUACGUCAUGAUCAUCUUCAAGGUCAAGUCCUCAGCCAAGGAAAUCUCCCACUUUGACACCAGGAACAAGAACAGCCAUAAUCUGGAGAUGAAACUGACCAAGGUGGCGAUGCUGAUCUGUGCUGGUUUCUUGAUAGCGUGGAUCCCGUAUGCAGUGGUCUCAGUGGUGUCUGCGUUUGGCGAGCCUGACUCAGUGCCUAUCUCGGUCUCUGUGAUCCCCACUCUGCUUGCUAAGUCCUCUGCCAUGUACAAUCCCAUCAUCUACCAGGUCAUCAACCUGAAACAUUCCUGCGCUAAAUCCUCCUGUUUUCAAGUUCUGAAGAAGCGCACACAAUUAAAAAAGUCAAGGUUUUACACAAUUUCUGGCUCGCUUAAAGUCAGUCCAUCCGGUAAUGAGUCUCACAUUGAAAUGUGAGAGAAAGACAGUGGUAAUUUCCUGUGAUUUGAAACCUGUCCAAUGACAACCCUGCUAUCAUCUGCAAAGAUAUUGACCACCGCUCAUCACCCAGACCUACUGUAUGCUACCCAGCCUUGCUGUAUCUAUGUUCCUGCUUCAAACAGCUCUCUGUACUCUCCUACCUCACGUCCCUCUGUGUUUACAGCUCAAGGCUGGUGUCAAGAUGUAUUUUUACAUUUUGUACAAAUUGUGUAUUGUGACACCUGUGACAUGCAUAUUUAAACUUGAACCUUUAUGUGCUCCUGUAAGAGCUAAAGUGUUGUUAAGAAUGAGGUAUGAUAUACAGAUGUUGGAUCUUAAUUUGACCAGUUUUGUUGCAGGAGUAAAAUAAUCCUGCAGCAGGAGGAGGAUUAUUUGAUUAUUCUGAAAAUAAAGUUAGAAUUUCGAACAGGAAAUAGUUUUGAUAGGAUACAGUAGGCUAUAGUUUAGGUGUGAGAUCUAGUGAUAGAAAGAGAAACUGCAGGUUUUCAGGGACAUUAUGUUACUACUAGGACUCUUAAAAAUGUUCUGUGGAGCAAAGUGAUCAAAUGAAGAUACCAUAUCUGAACAGAGAGCUGGAGAGACUGUGGUGUUGAUGUUGGGGUUAUUCCCUGCUUCAGGCAGGUUUGACCGUAGCAGCACUUUUCAUCAAUGGUCAAUGUCGUCAUGUGAUUCUUAGUGUCACUGGAUACAUGUUUAGAGACGUCAUUGACAUCACAAAACAAAAUACUAUUUUAGCUCAUGCACAAACUGCACGCUCCACAGCGAGGUAGCCACCAGCGCAUGUUAAUUGGACCAAAUAUCAAGUCACAGCACAACAAUGUCUGUUAAGAGUAGUGGCUAUGUGGUACAGCACUAUGCUCCUGUCAUCGUUAUUCAUUCUGUAUGCGCAGAUGUUAGCUUUUACAUCUCAUAUACAAGACAUUAAGAACACCUUCCUAAUAUUGAGUUGCACCCUCCCUUUAACCCUCAGAACAGCCUCAAU